AUGAACAGGCUUUUCAGUGUACCGGCCCUGACCAUGGAUCGAACCUGCAACCUAGGCAAAAUUGUGACAUCUGAUGAAGAAAAAAAUGUGAAUCAUUAUGUACAAGUUUUACAGAACCUAGUGUUAAGUGUUCCCACCAGGGAGCCAGCCAGUGAGAAAAAAUCAGAGUCUCCGAGUACUGUUCACUCUAUGAAACCAAAGGUAUCGAAACUUAAGGCGAUAAUUACACCUGACAGAGCUUCCACUGAGAAUGUUGUAACCACCCCUGCGAGUGAUGAAACGACAAGUUUCCCGACUAGAAGCUUCUUACCAGAACAAAGGAGGAAAAAACACACUAAAAGUACAGCAUUCUGGUCUAUUAAACCAAGCAAUAUUUCUGUUGUUUUACAUACAAAGGAGCCUUACAUUGUCAAAGAAGAGCCAGAGCCAGAGCCAGAGCCAGAGCCAGAGCCAAAGGUCAAACAAACCCAGGCACCGAUGUCGUGGCCCUAUGUCACCGAAUCUCCUCCCAGCCCUUCAAGUAGGAGCACUGACUGGCAUACCUCCACCGACAUGGAAGAUGUUCCUCAGCUCUUGGGCGAAUAUGAAACACAAACACUUGAAAAACACCCACUCGUUUUGGGUAAUGAAGAGAUUUUGAAAAAAAUUUCAGACAUUAGUUCGAAAGUGCAUCAGGUACCUCUCGCUGAGAACCUCAAGCCAGAGUACGAAGCGGACAUUCAAGCCGUCAGAGAGCACCUGAAACGGAGCCUCGCAGUGGCCGCCGCGGCCGAGCACAGGCUGAACAAGAUGUAUAGGUCCCAGUUACUGCCCCUGGGGCAAAACGGCUUCGAGACUGACGACCUUGAAACUGUUAUUAACACGCUGUAUAACUCCAGAUCAAAGUUAUCUCAAUAUUUAGAUACUAAAUAUGUUCCAUCGGAGAUGAGAGAAAAAGUUAUUACAGUAAUCAGUACAUUGAAAAAAAUAUUAUGUGUAAGUCGACUAGAAGUUCAAAACCUUAUUAGGAAGUUAUUAAACAAUAAUAUAAAAAUUUUAAACCUACUUGAUGUUCCAUGA